AUGAAGAUUUUAUUCCGGUUGCAGAUGUUCAGAUUCAUCUGGAAUCCUAAAUUUCCUAGGAGGUAUUUUCAUCAAAACUACCAGGUUUUGGCUCCUCUGAAUCUUUCUGACUUUGAAGCUAUAAAUCGUUGUGAACGGGACUUACCAGAGAACUUUAACUUUGCUGGAGAUGUACUAGAUAGAUGGGCUCAGCUGGAAAAGAAAGGAGAGCGUCCCCCCAACCCAGCACUAUGGUGGAUUAAUGACAAAGGAGCUGAGGUGAAAUGGAACUUCAGGGAACUGGGUCUUUUAUCCCGCAAAGUGGCCAAUGCCCUCACCAAGUCAUGUGGUCUCCAGAGAGGAGAGAGAGUUGCUGUGAUUCUACCCAGAGUUCCAGAAUGGUGGCUGGUCAAUGUGGCUUGUAUGAGAACGGGAUUAAUUUUCAUGCCUGGGACAAUCCAGCUGACAGCCAAAGACAUUCUCUACAGGCUAACAGCAUCCAAGGCCAAAUGCAUUGUGGCUAGUGAUGAGGCAGCCCCAGCUGUGGAUUCUAUUGUAUCCAACUGUCCUGCUUUGAAAACCAAGAUUCUGGUGUCAGAAAAUAGCCGCAGUGGAUGGUUAAAUUUCAACGAACUAUUUAAAUCAGCCUCUGAAGAACAUAACUGUGUGAAGACAGGAAGCCAGGAACCGAUGGCUAUCUAUUUUACCAGUGGGACAACAGGUUCUCCCAAAAUGGCCCAGCACUCCCAGAGCAGCCUCGGCAUUGGGUACACUCUUUGUGGAAGGUACUGGCUGGACUUGAAACCUUCAGAUAUCAUGUGGAACAUGGCUGACACCGGCUGGGUGAAAGCUGCCAUUGGUAGUGUCUUUUCCACCUGGCUUCAAGGAGCCUGUGUCUUCGUGCACCGCAUGGCCCAGUUUAACACAGAUACCUUUCUAGAUACUCUCAGCAACUACCCCAUAACCACUAUCUGCAGUGCCCCAACUGUAUACCGGAUGCUUGUACAGAAAGACCUUAAGAGCUAUAAUUUCAAAACCCUGAGGCACUGUUUGACUGGAGGGGAGCCACUCAAUCCAGAAGUAAGGGAACAGUGGAAGAGUCAGACUGGACUGGAGUUGUAUGAAGGUUAUGGACAGACCGAAGUGGGAAUAAUUUGUGCCAAUCAGAAAGGACAUGAAAUUAAACCUGGAUCGAUGGGAAAGGGAGUGCCACCUUAUGAUGUCCAGAUCAUAGAUGAAAACUGUAAUAUUCUGCCACCUGGUAAAGAAGGGGAAAUUGCCCUUAGAUUGAAAUCUACAAGACCUUUCAGUUUCUUUUCAGAAUAUGUGGACAAUCCAUCAAAAACAGCUGCCACCAUGAGAGGGAAUUUUUAUGUCACUGGAGACCGAGGAAUAAUGGAUAGUGAUGGCUAUUUCUGGUUUGUUGGGAGAGCUGAUGAUGUCAUCAUAUCAUCUGGGUACCGAAUCGGACCAUUUGAGGUUGAAAGUGCCCUCAUUGAGCAUCCAGCUGUUGUAGAAUCAGCUGUUGUCAGCAGUCCAGAUCCUGUCAGAGGAGAGGUGGUGAAAGCCUUUGUUGUCCUGUCUGCACCCUUUAAAUCUGCCAAUACAGAGAAAUUGGCUCUUGAGCUUCAGAAUCAUGUGAAAAAAGUAACUGCGCCCUACAAAUACCCCAGGAAGGUGGAAUUUGUUCAAGAACUACCAAAGACCAUCACUGGGAAAAUUAAACGAAACGUAUUAAGGGACCAAGAGUGGGGACGAGCUUAGCCUGACCAGAAUACAAAGAUGCUUCUUGUAGACCUACAUAGCAUUCUUUCAUUCACUUUUAUCUUCAUUUGCUUCUUUCUAAUCUUAAUCAUUAUGUUCUAGUGACUGGUUACUAUCAAAGCACAAUAGUAUACAAUGUUAGUGGGGAUUUUUUUCUUAAGUGUUAAAUUCUUGUUAUUUUUUAAAGCUCUAGGACAGUCCAAAAAUAUAUUGGAAAUAAGUGAUCUUUAGACUGUAGAGCCAAAAAUUGAAACUGUACUUCAAUUGUCAUGUUCCUUAUUAGCUGGUAAGAACUUUAUCUUUAUAUAUUUGGUCAGAUUUGUUGUUUUUUUAAAAAUUGGUAAUGUGUCUAAUCCAAGUUUUAGAAGCUCAUUAGUUCCAAAAAAUGGAUUUAGCAAUACUUAAAAAAUGAUUCCUAAUGCCUUUUAUAUUUUACAUCAAAUAAUCAAAACCAAUAGAUAUAACAACUAUGUGAUCUUAAUUCUACUCCCCAUAUUCUUCAAGAGAGAGAUUAUCAACUGUCCUCCAUGAUCAAUGCUGAAUAUAAAUUCAGCCAUUUUUUUUUUCCCCUUGAGGCAAUUGGAGUUAAGCAACCUACCCAAGAUUACACAGCUAGGAAGUGUUAAGUGUCUGAGGGCAAAUUUGAAUUUAGAUCCUCCUAACUUCAUGGCUGGUGCUCUAUCCACUGUACCAGUUCUGAUUCUCAACUAACUUUUAAAUAAUUAUAAGCAUUGGCUACAUUGUUCUCCUAGUUUCAUUUUUAUAACUUGUAAAAGAACUUCAAAAACAGAUAUGAUUUUGAUUUAAAGAAAAUUCACUAUUAAAAUAUCCCUAUUUACAAAACAGGCUAAGGGAGGUUAAUUUUGUUUUUUUAAAGAUUCUUGGCUUUAUUAAAAAAAAAAAUUCUGCACUUAAUUCUUUUUAUGUAGUGAUUAAUUUUCCAUGCAAUUUCAUACCCAUUUUAAGAAUGUGUGGUUUCUCUGACGGGGAAGAAAGGAUAUUCCUUCACUUGACAUAGAUCACAACUUUCCUAUGAUUUACAAGAUUCUCCUUGGCUGUCGAUACAUAACUGAAAAAAAAAUGAAUUACCUUUACAAUCAUAUUUCCACACUUGGGUAGGCUAGCCUACAGACUCUGACCUACUACUGGUUAUAUACUUAAA